GGAGCGGGGGCCGGGUGUCGCUCCCCCCGCAGUGCGGGGCUGCGAGCUCCGGCCCCGCAUCCCGGCACUCCCGCUCGGCAGGUGGGCUCGGGGCAGGGAGCACCGCGGAAAGUCGCGGUGGUAGCGACAGUAGUUGCACAGAGAGGUUUUUUAGGUUUUUUUUUUCUUUUUGAUAGUGACUGAGCUGCAAAAUAAAAUUAGAAGGCAGUUGUGGCUGGAACUCAGUGCUAUGAGUGCAUAGGAAUACUCAGUAUAGGAUUUUGUUUAUUUUUUGUUUGUGCUAAUUUAAUUGUACUUGUCCUUUAGGCCAUGUUUAUCUGUUCUUGAUAAGGUGGUGAAAAAGAUAAUAUCAAGAUGAGUAAAAAGCCUCCAAAUCGUCCUGGAAUCACAUUUGAGAUUGGUGCUCGUUUGGAGGCACUGGACUAUUUGCAGAAAUGGUACCCAUCUCGAAUUGAGAAGAUAGAUUAUGAGGAGGGGAAGAUGUUGGUGCAUUUUGAACGCUGGAGCCAUCGCUACGAUGAGUGGAUUUACUGGGACAGCAACAGGUUGCGACCUUUGGAGCGACCAGCACUGAGGAAAGAGGGGCUGAAGGAUGAUGAGGAAUUUGUUGAUUUUAAACCUGGAGAAGAAGUCCUAGCUCGUUGGACAGACUGUCGAUAUUACCCUGCAAAGAUUGAAGCAAUUAAUAAAGAGGGAACGUUUACAGUGCAAUUCUAUGAUGGUGUUAUUCGAUGUCUUAAAAGGAUGCAUAUCAAAUCUAUGCCAGAGGAUGCAAAAGGGCAGGCGCGCGAGAGGGAGCAGAUAGCGCCGGAGCUGAGAUUAGUGACGGAAAUCGAACCAAAAGAAGAUUGGAUAGCUUUGGUCAAAGCUGCUGCUGCUGCAGCAGCCAAGAACAAAGCAGGAAGUAAACCUAGAACCAGUGCAAACAGCAAUAAAGAUAAAGAGGACAGAAAAUGGCUAAAAGUCCCUUCAAAAAAGGAAGAAACCUCAACCUCUACAAUCAUGCAGGAAGUCCAAAAAAAGGAAGAGGAGCCUACAUCUAGUGACACAUUUGAAGUAGGAUUUCCUGUAGUGGAUGUUCCAAAGAUGCCCUUUGUGCAGUCAGAGAGCACGUUAUCACACAAGAGGAAAAGUAAUCUAGGCAACUCAUUUCAGGCCAAGAGAGCUCGCCUAAACAAGAUCACUGGUUUAUUGGCAUCCAAAGCUGUUGUUGCAGAUGGUGCUGAAAAAAAGGAAGGCAACAAAGAAACAGCUCCAGUCCUGGAGCAGGAGAUUUCACCUAAACCACAAAGUCAGAAAAAAAAUGAAGCUGAUAUUAGCAGUUCUGCCAGCAUUCAGAAACCUGCACUGUUAUCCUCAACUUUGUCUUCAGGAAAGGCUCGCAGCAAGAAAUGCAAACAAGAAUCUGGAGAUUCUUCCGGGUGUAUAAAGCCCCCUAAAUCACCACUUUCCCCAGAAUUAAUACAAGUCGAGGAUUUGACGCUGGUCUCUCAGCUUCCUUCUUCUGUGAUAAAUAAAACUAGUCCAUCACAGCCAGUGAAUUCCCCUAGAUCCUACAAACAUAGCCAACGGAGAAGAAGAUCACAGCGUUUAGCCACUUGCUCCUUGCCUGAUGAUUCUCUAGAAAAAGUUUCUUCUCCCUCUUCAGUUACUGAUGGAAAAGUGUUCUCCAUCAGUGGUCAAAACCAACAGUCAUCAAAAUUGGAGGUACCUGAUGUUGCUCAUGUGUCACUUGAGAAGCGUGGACCAUGUCUCCCUCUUGAUUUAAGCCGUAGUUCGGAAGUUACAGCGCCAUUAUCUGCAGAGUCCACUUUCCAUAAUGAGUAUUCCAGUAAAGGCAAGGAAGAUAUUCAGAUGAUUACAUAUCUUUCUUCCAAAGCAGUAACUGAUGGAAGAGUAGCUACAACAGCUUCAGGUGCAGCUAGAAUGGAAAGAAAAGGAAAACUGGAAGAGAAAAGUUCUUCAGCAUAUGGUAAAAGGAAAGAAAAAGAAAAGGAGAAAAAGGAAAAGAAGGAAAAAGAUCAUAAACCAAAACAGAAAAAGAAGAAGAAAAAAAAGAAGAAAUCAAAACAGCAUGAUUACUCAGAUUAUGAAGACAGUUCUGUUGAAUUCCUGGACAGGUGCUCGUCUCCCUUAACGCGGUCCUCGGGCAGCUCCCUGACGUUGCGCAGUAUGUUCUCAGAGAAGAACACUUCAUACCAGUACCCAAGAGCUAUCCUGUCUGUUGACCUUAGUGGAGAAAACCUUUCAGAUGUGGAGUUCUUGGAUGAUUCUUCCACAGAGAGUUUGUUACUUAGUGGUGAUGAAUACAAUCAGGAUUUUGAUUCAACCAACUUUGAAGAGUCUCAGGAUGAAGAUGAUGCUCUCAAUGAAAUUGUUAGAUGCAUUUGUGAACUUGAUGAAGAAAAUGGCUUUAUGAUUCAGUGUGAAGAAUGCUUGUGUUGGCAGCACAGUGUAUGCAUGGGACUGUUGGAGGACAGCAUUCCAGAGCAAUACAUCUGUUACAUCUGCAGAGAUCCACCAGGAGAAAAAAGUCAUUCUCAAUGUCAGUAUUUUAAAGUGUAUUGGGAUAAUGGGCAAAAAGGAGAUAGACAGGGUAUUCUCCUGAAAGGACAGAGGUGGAGUGCCAAAUAUCUCUAUGACAAAGACUGGCUAAACAAUGGACAUAUGUGUGGAUUAUCAUUCUUGAAAGAGAACUACUCUCAUCUUAAUGCCAAAAAGAUCGUGUCAACCCAUCACCUACUGGCAGAUGUGUAUGGGGUAACUGAAAUACUGCAUGGACUGCAGCUGAAGAUUGGGAUACUGAAAAAUAAGCAUCACCCAGACCUUCACCUCUGGGCUUAUUCAGGGAUGAGAAAAGAACAAGAACAAAGAACUGUUGGGGUAGAGAAAAAGUUAGUGACUUUGCAGGAUGCUGUUAAUCCAGCUGAAAGGACAUGUCAUAGUCAAAACCAUAAAGAGCCACCCAGUAUACCCCAGAAGAUGGAAGAAACAUACAUCACAAGUGAGCACAGUUACCAAAAACCACAGAAUUUUUGUCAUGAUUACAAAGCAGUCACUGACCCUAUGAGCUCAGAUGAUGAAGACACAAGUAGCUUUGAGGAAGAUCAGGAAUAUCACACAGAGAAUAAAAACUGUUUACAAUAUUCUUUUAAAGAUGGUGGCAUGAAUGAGCAGAAUUCUGCUGAAGGAAACACUGUGUUUGUUUGUAAUGAAAGAAAAGGCUCAGAAGAACAAGUGGACACACAUCUUCAAUGGCAGCUAAAUCUCCUCACCCAUAUAGAGAAUGUACAAAACGAAGUCACCAGCAGAAUGGACCUGAUUGAAAAAGAAGUUGAUGUUUUAGAAAGCUGGCUUGAUUUCACUGGAGAACUGGAACCACCAGAUCCUCUGGCAAGACUGCCUCAGCUCAAGCGACGUAUCAAACAGCUCUUAAUCGACAUGGGAAAAGUACAGCAAAUAGCAACACUUUGCUCUGUAUGACAAAAGGAAGAAUAUAGAAGUAAAAAUAGGUUCUUUACAAUGAAUUUUCUUAUUAGCCACAAGACUGACAGGAAGACAGCAAAAAGCUGAGCAUUUAUGUGGUUCUUUGCUGAUUACAUUAAUAGGCUGAAGCUUUAGAAAGAAGAGAGGAAGUUUAGAGUCAGGAAUCUGUUUUAUUAAAAAUAUGAAUAUUCAAUGUCCGAGCUUCAAAAUUAUAUAUAAUAUACUGAGAAAUGUCAAUUUCUUAGGAUUUUAACAUGUUGAACAAGUAAAUCCCCAGAUACAAAAAAAUUCAACAAACAAAAACUCUUUGAAGAGCAGUGCUACUAUUUUGAAACCCUUGGCAAACAUUUCUAAAUUAGCAGAAUUCAGCUGACUAAAAAUGCAAUCCUCUUAUCUUGCUAGUGAAAGAUAGAUACACUGAGAGCUGUAUCUUCUCUACAAGGAAGGUUUUUAGAUUAUUUCUUUCUCCUACGAGUGUUCAGGAAAACAAACAUACUAGCUUUGAUUUUUGAAAAAAAUUACUUGUCAUGGUCUCCCUUUUAAAGUAUUUUUUAAAAUAGAAAUCCCUAGAGCAGCACCCCUAGGCUCCUUUAAAACAGAAGUGGAAAAUAGUGGUCAAAUGUGCCAAAUAAUAUUAAAAUCACUGGGAUGAGAGUUUAAUUAUGACUUGGGCGAAGGUUUUUUCCAAAGUCCGACUUGGUGCCAGCAGUCCAUCCAAAAUUGUAUCUAGUUUAUAUUUUUUUAUGUUCUACAGCAGUGUUCAGGAAUCAAGGUACAAUUUUUGUCCUGGGUAGCUCUAUUCUGAUGUUGGCCCUCUGAAAAUUUCACCAUCCUCAGUGGGGAUGAGGCAUGACAAGAGCAGCAAAACUGUCUGUGGCUGUGGAAAUUCUAA